AGGGGUAGGCCUGCGUUGGGAGGUGUGUUUGGUUCCACUUCCUCCAUCCACUUGACAGAACUUGUUUUCCUUCCUUUCUUUCCAAAAGAGCUGCCUUGUGUGCAACAGCCCUUGUUCUCCUAUCUAUCCUCCCCACACAACAGCAGCAAAAAUGGCAUCUGGCGUGAAGGUCGAUGAUAAAGUCAAGAUACUGUUUGAGAAUAUGAAGACGCGUCGUUCAGGAGACAUUGCGGAGGAACAGCUCAAACUAGUGCUGUUUCGGAUCAGUGACGACGGAAAGUCCAUCAUUGUGGAUGAGAAAGGCUCCCUGCAAGUCAAAGAUCUGGAAGGAGAGGAAAACGUCUUCAACAAGAUUGUCAGCCAGCUUCCCGUGGACACCUGUCGCUAUGCUCUCUAUGACUGCUCCUAUGAGACUAAGGAUACUGUGAAGGAGGACCUGGUCUUCAUCAUGUGGGCUCCUGAUACAUCUCCCAUCAAAGCCAAACUUCUCUAUGCCAGCUCAAAGCAAGCCAUCAGACAAGUCUUCCUUGGGAUCAAGUUUGAGUGGCAGGUGAACGACCUCGGAGACACCAAAGACAACUCCGUUUUCAUUGACAAAUUAGGAGGGAGAGGCCUUGUUAAGAAACUGGAGGGGAAGGAAAUAUAAUGUCCUUCAGGGAUGUAAUUCAUUGCUCUAAUGCAUUAUCCUGCUGCCUGUGUGUCCAAUCAGACUGUUUACCAUUGUAAUGUACCUCAGUGAACACCACAGUGGUACUACAUUGUAACAGUAUGGACCUUCCAGACCCAUCCGUGCCAAAUUCCACUUUUAUUCCAUCACUUCCAAAAGUCUCGCUCUGUAAGCUGAAAUCCCCGAAUCCUUCUUUGGUUUUCUUUAACCCUCGUGCUGCCUUCGGGUCACAUGACCCAAAGGUUCAUAACGAACCAUCAUUGUGUUUACCCAAUUUUACCCAAUACAAAAACAAAUAAAAAUACUUUUCUUUUAACCUUCGCAAUGUGGGGGGUCUGAGACAGCCCGACGGUUAAAAGAAAAUGCUUCACUUUGUUUUUGUAUGCGGUAAAGUUGUCGCAAUACGACGGUGGGUCACAAUGACUGAUGGGUCAGAACGACCCGAGGAGAACACAAGGGUUAAGUAUGUAGCCCCAUGUAUCUAGACCAACUAUGUUCUCAAGCUCUUAGGGCAUCAUUGUUACAAGCUGUGCCUAAGAUUCCCUCAAUCAACCGCUUCUUCCCAGAGCAGACUACUUCAGUAUUCUACCAUCUAAAACCAUGAAAAUACAACUAUUAUUCUUGUACGUUAUAGAUUUUUCCCAUGUUGUAAGAAUGUUCAAAACAUUCGUUUUUGUUACCAUAAUUCACCAAAAAGCACCAGACACACACACACACACACACACACACACACAACACCUCAGGUCACUCGGGCUUGAUAAAAAAAGAAAAAAAAAAAGCACUGUCCAGUCAACAAUAAAGCAUCAUAUGCGCUUCA